AUGCCCGAGAAGGCUGAGAAAGACAGGCGUCGGCUGUCUGUACGCAAGACGAGCCUUAACAGCACGUCGCCGGAGAAGGCGACGAGCCGACCUAACCUCCGCCGCGGCUCGACGAUGACGCGCCUGCCGUCACCGAAAAAGUCGCCCAAGAAGCAAGCGCCGACAGCGACGGUCGAGGAGCUCGAGAGUCGCGAAGAAGUCAUCAACAUGAUUCAUAUUCUCGAGACCGACACUGGCGAGGCGGCUCAGAAGCGUCAAAUUCUCAAACUCUUUGAAUGGUUCAAGGCCCAGUACGCCAUGCUCAGCGGCCAGCUCCGUGAGAGUUUGGCGCGCGAACAGCAGCUCAUUGUCAAGUGCCGCGAGCUCAAGUUUGAUGUGAUGCUCAACGUCGUCAAGCUCCAGACCAAACUGCAAGUCAAGGACACCCAAACCGAAGGCCUUGGCUUCUUUAAAGAGGAGUGCGAGCGCUCGUGGCACUCGAUUCACAUGGCCCAGGAGCGCGAGCAAGAGGCGCUCGCCAUCAUUAAUGACCUCCGCAACGAGAUAACUCAGCUCGAAAGUCAAGUCAAAGAGCUCCAGCGCCGGCCGUUGCUCGCCGAGCCACGCCGGGCGUCAAUAACGCAGUCGGCGUCCUUGGCCCAGCUACGGACUCCGAAAGCAGCACCGGAAGCCGACCCAAUCACAACAUUUCACGAAUGGAAAGCCGCCAACCGCGUAUGGAGCCCACCAAAGAGCCACGAUCGAUCGUCGGCACUCUACUGGGGCAACUACACGGACGAUAGAGGCAGCCCGACGUCGGGUGCGACCACACCCAUGGAGCGUGCCAUGACGGCAGCAUCGCCCACGAAGCGCCCCCAGUGGUGUCGACACCUACCCCGCGUCUAGCAUCCAGUGCCAGUCUAUCAAUCGUAUUGACGUUCGAACGGUA